CACAAGACAGUCCUGCACAGUACUGUACAUUAUAUUAUUGUGCGUUGGAUUUAGUAAAAAAAAAUAUUGCUUGAAUAAAUCAAUUAUUCUGCAAAGGCUCUUACUUGACUCGUAUAUUUAAUAACAAAAUAUUAGUAAAUUAAUUUUGUAAAGAUUGGAAAACAGGAAUGAUUUCUUAACAAAUCAUUUUAAAGCGAAGCGAACUAUGACAAUUGUGUGUGUGUGUGGGAAUCCCUUAGUACAUGGUUUCAGAAACCGUAUUGUUUUUGACGUAUUUAACAAAAGAUUAUGGUUGAUGAAACAUUUGUUGAAACAUACGGUUUAUACGUGGUAGGCAUAUAGUAACAAAAGCAAACAAUCAGCUGUUCUUGAAUUAUGUUGUAUGAAAAAAGAAGGACGACUAAUGUAAAUUCAAUGGAGAUGCAAAAUGCUUUACGGUUGAUUGUCACAUUAUUACUUUUUGAUGUUGUACCAGCUGCAAUUUUACCUUCGUCAACUCAGUCUUUUUCUCCAAUUGUCGUUCGAGCUCAAUAUGAAACGUCUUAUCAAAACACCACAAAUUCUACUAUUGAAUAUGUAUUUUUAUAUCCUGCCAGAGAUAUAUCUCUGGAAACUGCAAGAGUAAGAAUAGAAAGCAAUGCAACCCACAAUUUACCAUUGAUUGUUGUAGUACGCCAAACAACAGGUAUUUUGUCUUGGCAAAUACCUUUACUAGUUGAGAGCACAGAUUUAAAAUAUGUGACUUAUAAUAAAACUAGUCGAACUUUGUGCUCGACGAAAUAUUAUCGAUAUGCACCAAAAGAUGAAGAAGAAUUUGUUAUUGUUGGUAUUUCUACAGCCAGUCAUGAAAAUAUCUUCUUUAAUAUUAGUGUAGUGGAAGUGAAAGACUUUUAUUUGAGUCCUGGAAAUAAAACAACAGUCCAGAUCUCUCCAUCCGAACCUAUAUAUUUUGGUUACAUAUAUUCUAGACAGGCGGAAAAUUCCUCAGUUAUCGUUCAGGUUGAGUCAGAUAAUGAUAUCUGUAUGACUGUAUCUAUACAAAAUACAUCGUGUCCUGUAUUUGAUUUGGAACGAAAUAUUGAGUUUUCUGGACAUUGGCAGACCGUAAGUAGAAAAGGAGGUAUCACAGUACCGAAAGAAGCUUAUCCAUUAGGAUUCUUUGUCAUACUCGUUGUUAAAGAGGAUGACACUGACUGCAGUGGUGUUCCCGGCAAUAAUCUCCUUCGCACCAAAAAUGUUACCUUAAUUAUAAAUCCUACUAUCACAAAAUGGGAUUAUAUUGUUGCAUCAGGAUCAGCGGCUGCGAUUAUAAUAGCUUUUUGUAUUUCUUAUAUAGUGACUGUAAUAAUAUUCAAUAUCAGAGAAGGCAGAAGAUUUGAACAAGAGGUCAUAAAUGACAGUCAAGAUAUUAAUGAAUAUGCACCGAGUCCUUCGACGAUAGGAGAGAUCGGUCCGAAACAAUGGGACUCCGUGGAAGAAGAUUCGUCUCUGGACGAGGAUGAUAUAGAUCUAAUGGAGGAUGCUCUCUCCGACAAAGAUGUAGUACGCACAAAACUCGUUCUCUCGGUUUGCGAUCUCGCGCGCAAGGAGCCGAGAAUAUUGCGGCACAAAUCUCGCUUAUAUUUAUAUUAUUUGGUGACUGUUGCCGUAUUCUACACGCUGCCGGUUGUUCAAUUGGCGGUAAUAUAUCAGCGUGUGCUGCACACAACCGGAAACCAAGAUAUGUGCUAUUACAAUUUUUUGUGCGCCCAUCCACUGAGUCUGCUGUCCGAUUUCAAUCAUGUAUUCUCGAAUUUCGGGUACAUCAUGUUGGGCUUGCUAUUUAUAUUUCUAACUUAUUCUCGAGAACACAACGAACCGGAUAAAGAGAAAACUAAAUGUUACGGCAUACCACAACAUUACGGUUUAUUCUAUGCGAUGGGUACAGCAUUGAUAAUGGAAGGCAUAUUAUCGGCGUGUUAUCACGUAUGUCCUAAUCACAGCAACUUCCAGUUCGACACUAGUUUUAUGUACAUAAUUGCGGUGCUCUGCAUGAUCAAGAUUUAUCAAAAUCGUCAUCCCGAUAUAAACGCCAGGGCACCAGUGACAUUCGGAAUUCUUGCUCUUGUAAUAUUUGUGGGACUGAUCGGAGUUUUGAAUGGCUCUAACUACUUUUGGAUCGUGUUUAGCAUCUUACACUUGCUGAUAUGCUUCAUUCUGACUGUACAAAUAUAUUACAUGGGGCGAUGUAAAUUUAAUAGAGGCGUUUUUAACAGACUGAUACAAACAUUCAAACACGAUGCACGCUGCGGCAUAUGGCAUUUAAUUCGGCCGCUUUAUCUCGCAAGAUUUAUAAUGCUCGUGAUAGCAAAUUUAUGUAACGUUGCACUUGCCGUGUUUGGAAAUAUGUAUCACGAAGACAAUUUUGCUACAUUUUUAUUAGCUAUAUUAAUGUCUAACUUAAUUUUGUACACCCUCUUUUAUAUAGUGAUGAAGCUUUGCCACAGAGAACGGAUUCUUUCCACACCUGCGAUUCAUAUCUUCCUAUCCGUGCUAUUUUGGGGCGCAGCCUUGUACUUUUUCGUGAAUAAAACAAUAUCUUGGGCUCUCACGCCAGCCCAAUCUCGCUUGUAUAAUAGACCUUGCGAAUUGCUGAACUUUUUUGAUUCUCACGACAUUUGGCAUUUUCUUUCGGCAUUAGCAAUGUUCUUUUCGUUUAUGGUGUUGCUUACUUUAGAUGAUGAUCUAACGGAUGUUCAUCGUAGUCAAAUACCAGUUUUUUGAGGAUAUGUCUCUUGUGUAGACUCGAAAUUAGUUUGUAAUUUUUUUAUAAGCUUCCUUGAAUAUAUAUAGGUAGUUUUCCACCAAGAGACACAAAAGUAUUAUUCUCUUUGUUGCUCAUUGAAUAUCGAACAAAGAUAGGGUGAUACUUGUGUCGAUUUGUGUCAACUUGUGUCCUCUGCUGGAGAACAAUCAUGGUUGUACAAUUUUCAUAGAUAAUAAUUAUCAAAAAAUUGUACGAACUGUUACAAUGUGAUGAUGCGAAAGAAGAACUAUAUAUAACGUUGAUUAACAUAAAUAAAUCGAUAUUUCAUAAGUUUUCCGUUAAUAAACAAACAUAUGUGAUAAAGUAGAAGAAAGAACAACUUUUGCAAAAUGCAAAGAAGAAAAUGUAGAUAAAUAUAGAAUGUUAUACAUAAGUUGUGCUUUUGUCACAUCAUUAAAAUAGUGUAGUAAUUUUUUAAUAUAUAUGGCAGUUGCGCGAAUAUAUUGUUUAUAUAUAUAAUAAUGGUAUGUUCUUAUUGAAAAAAUAAAAAAUCGUGUGUGUGUGUAUAUACCUACGCACAUGUGUAGGUGUGUAAUUUAUAUACAAAAUGCCGCAAACAAAUGCGUACAUGUUCUUACAAAUAUGUACAAAAUUGCUAAAUGUGGGAAAAUAGUUAAGUUAUACAUAUAACUUAAGUUAUAAAAAAUUGUAAAUUAAAAAAUGAUUUAUUAAAGCGGCAUAUUGUUAUAAAUAAAUACAGACAUCACUUGUGUAGAUUAAUUAAUCUGUCAUUUAUUUUAAUAGAAAUUUAUCUUUAAACUUACGAUUGAUUAGGAAAAUAUGUUUAAUUUCUAUCUAAUAACGUUUUCGAGUGAACGAAUUUUCAUCCAUCCUGGAUCAAUUAAUGAUUAUUUUACUAUAAAUUCAAGUCUUAUUGGUAAAGACGAUACAAUGGCGUAAUUAAUUAACCUUGGGUCGAUCAAAAUUCGUUCAUUACAAGUUCGAAAACUAUGACCAAGAAACACUGUUCUUUUAGUACAUCUUUCUUUAGGAAGAAUCAAUUUAACUUUUGUCGAAAGAUACAAUGACAUUUCUUUAAAUAUAUUUAUUUUUACAAUAUUA